AUGCGCUCCGCAGCCAAAUUUUUCUAUCUGGCGGUAUUUGCCCUGUCGAGGCUUUCCAAUGCCGAGACUGGGCUGCACCAUAACCAGGACAAGUGUGCGAUUGACCCCACUGCCAUGGUGUCCGACGCUUGUGUCUCCUACGCCACUAUCGAUCAUUUGAACGAUCAAGUCUACACCCUCCUCCAAUCCAUUACGCAAGAUACCGAUUUCUUUUCCUACUACCGUCUGAACCUCUUCAACAAAGUCUGUCCGUUCUGGAACGAUGCGAAUAGCAUGUGCGGGAACAUCGCAUGCUCCGUCAACACAAUCGAGUCCGAGGACGAUAUCCCGUUAACAUGGCGCGCGGAGGAGCUGAGUAAACUCGAGGGACCCAAAGCAGGCCAUCCGGGCCGCAAUCAACGAAAGGAGCGACCUCUUAAUCGACCGCUCCAGGGAAUGCUAGGUGAAAAUGUUAAAGAGAGUUGUGUGGUGGAGUAUGAUGAUGAAUGUGACGAACGGGACUACUGUGUUCCCGAAGAUGAGGGUGCUAGCGGCAAGGGAGACUAUGUCAGUCUCGUUGAUAAUCCAGAGCGGUUCACGGGGUACGCCGGUAUGGGCGCUCACCAGGUUUGGGACGCAAUCUAUCGGGAGAAUUGCUUCCUCAAACCGGUGCCAGAGCUGUCACCGGUGACCCCUCAGCUGGGUGGUCUUCAAGCGGUCAACGAUUUCCGUCAUGUGCUUCAGCAGGAGCUGAAGCGCCCCGACCUGCUUCCCUUGGACAACGAGUGUCUCGAGAAGCGCGUGUUCCAUCGUCUCAUCAGUGGAAUGCAUGCGUCUAUCUCGACCCACCUGUGCUGGGAUUACCUCAAUCAGACGACGGGGCAAUGGCAUCCUAACCUUCAAUGUUUCAAAGAUCGCCUCCACGAUCACCCGGAGCGCAUCUCGAACCUGUACCUCAACUACGCGCUGGUUUCGCGGGCCGUGGCGAAGUUGCAGAAACACCUACACAACUACAACUACUGCGUCAGUGAUCCGAUCCAGGAUGCCAUGACUAGGGAGAAGGUCUCCAAGUUGACCUCGACCUUGGCUGAUCGCCCUCAAAUUUUCGACGAGAACCUCAUGUUCCAGGACCCCAGCGCUGCUGGCUUGAAGGAAGACUUCCGCAACCGAUUUCGCAAUGUCAGUCGCCUGAUGGACUGUGUCGGAUGCGAUAAAUGCCGCCUCUGGGGCAAGCUUCAAGUGAAUGGGUAUGGCACCGCUCUGAAGGUGCUGUUCGAGUACGACGAGACCAAGAAUGGCGAGAACCCGUUGCUGCGCCGGACUGAGCUGGUGGCACUGAUCAACACCCUUGGUCGCAUUUCUCACAGCAUUGCGGCGGUCCGGAGUUUCCACCGGGCCAUGGAUGUGGGCGAUGGGGAGGUCUUCACCAUUCCCGCAAGCAUUGCGUCCAAGGAUCGCAGUGGCAAGAAGAAGACCCGACGACUUCUCAAAGACGGUGGCUCGACCUUCUACUACGAGGAUGGCGAUGAUGACAACUUUGUAUACAUCACCGAGAAGCUUCCGUGGGAGAAGGUCCGAGUACGCCGCGACACGGAUACAGCCUGGGACGACAUGAAGGCUGAGCUCUCUAUGAUCGGGGACAUUCUCGUCUACGUGCUGAAGAGCUGGGUCAAUGCACCGAAGACAUUCUUUGAAAUCGCCGUCCUGGAAAUCGCUCGGGUAUGGAACUACUGGCUGGGUCUGCCUGUGCCACCACGGUCCUGGAGGAUCCAGCUCCCCAAGCGACCCGCCCCUCCGACACCCCCAACCCAUGAGGAGCUUUAG